AGGUCGCGUGGUGUAGGUGCGGUUUAAUCCAUGUUUCCUGCUUUUGACUUUCUGAACUCACUUGUUUGGAAAAGCGCUUGGAGGAAUCACGAUGUCUUUCGAUCUGACACAAGCUCUGGGUGGGGAAAGUGAGGUGAAGAAGGACGAAGCUCAAAAGGAUGAGUGGUCAUUGUGGAACAAGGAUAAGAAGAAGGAGAAGGAGAAGGGAGACCACAAGGACACGUCUGGAUGUAAGGACAAGUCCGGGAGUAAGGACAAGUCUGGAUGCAAGGACAAGUCUAAAAAAAAGCACAAGUCCAAGGACAAACAUGAUAAACAUGAUAAACAUGACAAACAUGGGAAGAAGAAAAAGGAAAAGAAGGAGGGCGGUUCAUCCUCCUCCUCAUCUUCAUCCUCCAGCAGUGAUGAGGAGUGAUGCAUCCUGGGAGCUCCGGACCACGCUGUUAGCCUCUUAUGAUCUUAUCUAUUGACAAAAUGACUGUGUGGUUGUAGUGUACAGUAACACGCCUACUUCAUUUUCUUAGUGUCCUUUCACUGGUGUCACCAGUGCUGGCGCUACCUACAUGCAUAUCACACACUGCACUGAGGGCAUCAAGUCCUGGAGGGGGCACCACAACAGCUAAUGAGCAUCAAUCAUAAUCAUAAAGAUGAAGUAUUUAAAUUUAAGAUGAAGCACAGCCACAGUAGGCACCAGUAGAUCAUUAUAGUCAAUAUGAUAUAAAUCACUGCUUGUAAUAAAAAAAAAGAAUUAUGCAUAAUAUAUAGUAUAUACUGUCAUUGUAUAGUUCUGGUUUUCUGAUUUGUUUAUUGUUAACAUUGAUAACCUCCUGAGACCUGAACUUUUGUUUGGUAUGCAUUUUUAUUUUCUCCUCGCUAUUUGAGAUCAGUAGGACUCGAUUUGUAUGAAAAAACUAAACAUUGUCAAUGAUAAUUAAGUCCCAGUGUUCUCAAAUGAGUACUUCCUGAGUGCCAGCAUCUUAGCUUGUUAGUGUGACUGAAAUUAGUCACAUGUGUAUUCCAUAUCAAACUGCAAACACAUUAUGAAUCAUGAAUAAACAAGUUUCAACCAUAAAAUCUGA